AUGGCCAAGUUCAGUGUAGAUAACUUCAAUUGUAAUGGAAAGACGACUAGGAUUGGUUCCUUAUCACUACAGCUUCAAGAAUAUUCGAUUAUCGAGGAUUUAUUGUUUGUGAUGAUGGGUAUCGAAGGAAAAUUUAUCGAGAAAAAUUGGUCAGAAAAAAGUCCCGGGGAUAGGCAAGGACUAGAAGAGACCUAUUUUUCGGUGGACAGAACGCUAGAUCCAUCACUAAAAGAUUUGACCGAGCGUAUCCUACCCCUUGCUACAUAUUAUAUAACUAUAGAUUCAUUUGUUGAAAAGUAUUCGGGAUUCGAAUAUGGAUUUAUAAACCAUGCGCUGUGCGCAGCAAUGCGAGGUUUAUUAAAGGAAUACAUUGUCUUGAUAACACAACUGGAGCAUCAAUUUAGAUCAACACCGUCAUUUACACUACAGAAAUUCUGGCUCUAUGUGCAUCCAACAUUGCACACGAUGUCAAAUCUUCACCUGUUAAUAAUGGAUAUAAAUGAGGCUUCAGACGCGAUUGAUUACAGCGAAAUUUUAAUGGUUGAAGAUUUUCACAAAAAUGAUACUCAGCAAAUCAAAGGUGGUGCUUUGCUAGGCAUACUAGUGGAUCGGAUGACGACCAUGAGUGGGGAUCCUGAUACUAAAAGACUUUAUAUGCAUCUACUUUCCAAGUCAUCACAACCAUAUGUCACAAUAUUGCAUUCAUGGAUACACUAUGGAGAGAUUAAAGAUCCUUAUGAUGAGUUUAUGAUUCAAGAAAGGAAAAGUGUCAAAAAAGAAAAUCUCAAAGAGGAUUUUAAUGAUGCCUAUUGGGAAAUGCGCUAUACAAUUCGUGAGGAACUUAUCCCCCCUUUCUUGAUUCCAUUUAAAAAUAAAAUAUUGUUGGCUGGAAAAUACCUUAAUGUUGUUCGAGAAUGCGGAAUUGCUAUACAAGAGCCACAAAAACAACCAAUAGACGACACUGUCGGUAAAGAUGAUGUUGAUCGAACUGACAUUAACAUGAGCAAUGAUAUAUUAAUAGCGAUGGAUGGUGGAAGAUUUGUGGAUAAUAUUGAGAGUGCAUAUAAAUGUGCUAAUCGAACUUUGUUAGAUUUAUUACUAAAAGAUCAGCAACUUAUCGACAGAUUACGAUCGAUAAAACGUUAUUUCUUUCUUGACCAGUCGGAUUUUUUCACUCAUUUUCUCGACCUCGCGUCAGCAGAGUUGAAGAAGCCAUCCAAUCAAGUUUCCCUCACAAAACUUCAAUCACUACUCGAUAUAGUUCUUCGUAAUCCGUCAUCAGUCGCAUAUACUGAUCCUUUUAAGGAAGACGUUAAGGUCGAAAUGAGCACUGUCGGUUUGGUGGAUCAACUGUUGCGUAUAAUUAAUGUGGCUGGAAUGGUGGAAACUACUCCAAAAGUUACUAGGAAUCGAAUGGCAGAUAAUUUUUUAAUUAGAAAAGAAAUGGGAAAUGAAAGCGAAAAUGAUGGGUAUGAUGAAGGUACUGAAAGGCCUGGUUAUGCUGCUAGUAUUGCAGGCAGUGUUGCUAGCACUUUAGCGGGCAGUGUCACCAGCAGUUUUGCGGGAAGCGUUAUGGGUAGCAGUGGCAAACAAACAUUAACAGGAAUUGAGGCUCUCACAUUAGAUUACAUAGUGACAUUUCCCCUUUCACUCGUUAUUUCACGCAAAGCACUUACAAAAUAUCAACUAUUAUUUAGACAUUUGCUUUUCCUAAAGCAUGUUGAACAAUUGUUGUGUCACACAUGGACUGAACAUGCAAAAUCUUUUUACUGGAGGCGUGGCUCAAGUCACCCUUCUCUUGAGACUUGGAAAAGUCGCGUAUUUGCCCUUAGACAGAGGAUGUUGGUCUUCGUGCAGCAAUUCACAUAUUAUGUAACAAGUGAAGUUUUAGAGCCACAAUGGAGAAAUCUGGAGGCCAAUUUAUCAAAGGUAUCGACUGUUGAUCAAGUAUUACAAUACCAUUCUGAUUUUCUGGAUACGUGCCUUAAGGAAUGCAUGCUAACAAAUGCUAAACUUUUGAGAAUAUAUUCAAAACUUGUAUAUACAUGCGUCCUUUUCUCUAACUACACCGAGAAAUUUACGAAAUCUCUUAUUUCCCAAGUAGACUCUACUUCCAACCUUUCAAUGGAUCAACAAGAACGUACACUUCGUAAAUUUGAAGAUAAUUUCAUCUAUCACAUCAAAUUGUUAAUCGAAGCUUUGAAUUUUUACUCCGCUACAGAAACAGUUCAAUUUUUAUGUUUGGUAGUUAGACUUGAUUAUAAUCUUUUCUAUGCUAAUCAAGAGGGGUCCGGCGGAAAUGGUAUUGGUGGAUACUAA